AAUGUAUAUUUAUGUAAAUAAAAAGCUUAAAAAUAUUAUAAAAAUGCAACAAUUUUUAUUUUUAAUUUUAAUAAAUAUUUUAUUUAUUAUUACUGUUCAAUCUGCUUCUAGUAGACUUGAAGGCAUCAACGUGGAUUAUUAUGCCCCCAAAAAUACAGAAGGCUAUACAAUGCAUGCCAUGCGAAUAAUAAUUCGUUAUUGUACAAUGAAAAAGACUGACCCCAAAUGUAAACCAGAGUGGAUAAUUCCAAAUGCUGCACCUGACUUGGAAGAUCCAUUAAAGGCUGAUAAUUAUACUGAUUUUCCAGAAUUUAAAAAAUAUAUUGACAAUCCAGUACCACAAUACAAAUUAAAAAAUUUGUUAAAUGAAAUUCCAAGACAAUUUAGAGAUAUGAUUCCACCUGGUUAUGGAAGGAAAUUAGAUCAAGCAGCUAUAGACGCUAUUAAGAAAAAUUGUCCCGGCGAUACUUGUAAACAAGAUACUGAUGAGCAUAAACACAUUCGUGCAGUACUUGGAGAUUAUGAAGUAGCAAUGCUUCGACUAGCAUAUCCAAAUAAACCACUCGCUGAGAUUGACGAAAUUGUGGAGACAAGAUUGCAAAGAACUUAUGCAGUGAAAAGAUUUUUGUAUGGAAGAGCAUGUAUUAAUGAAUUUGCAAAACCAGCAGAUAAUGGAGUUUUUGAUCACAUGUUGCUAACCUUAGAACAAGCCAAUACCUUAAUUAAUAAAUUAAAUUCAAGUUUGGAAUACUCUCAUGUAAUUCCAGAAAAUAAUAAAGCAAGAAGUAAAAGAGCUGGAGAUUUGCUUUAUUUUAAAAUAGCGCCGACAAAACAGUGGCCUAUUGGAAAACCCAUACCCUAUGGUUUUGAUAGUUCUUUAUCUGAACGGCAGAGAGAACAAAUAAGGACUUGUAUUCGAGAGAUUUCUUCUAAAACGUGUCUUACAUUUACAGAAUUAGCACUUAAUGGUUCAGCCCCAAAUAUUUCCUCAAUUUAUUUUGUUAGAUAUAUUACUACAUCCUUCUGUGGAAUUAGCUAUAUAGGCGUAAAUGAACCAUAUAAUCCUAUUUACUUAUCCUUUCUUUGCAAUGAUAUGCCUGGAGUAGCAUGUCACGAAGUUAUGCAUGCACUUGGUGCCGAACAUGAACAUGUUCGACCUGAUAGAGAUGAUAGUAUUACUGUGAAUUGGGAUAAUAUUGAUCCACAAUCGUACGAUUCUUUUGCCUUAGCAGAUUCGGCAGAAUAUUCGAGUUAUGGAAUUCCCUAUCAUUGUGACAGCAUAAUGCACUAUUCAAGUACUACUAGUGCGCGGAGUUAUGGUCUAAAGACAAUGACUGCAAAAGUAGAUCCAGACGUUAACGAUCCUUUAAUGGGGCAACGUAAAGGAUUAGCUCAAGCAGAUGUUGAUGCAAUUAAUAAACUUUAUUGCCUUCCACAAGACUGUACAGACAACUCCAAUUUUUGUGGGGGUUGGGCUAUACAAGGACUAUGUUAUUGUGGUAAUACAGCACAGCCAGAUUGUUAUAUGCUUGGAAACUGCCGAAAUUCUUGCAAUUUUUGCAAUUGUACAUCACAUGGAAUUAACUAA